GAAUCUUUUAAAAAUGUUUUCUAUGAAUAGUCAUAGUCAAACUUGCUUUUAUAGAUGAGUUGAUUUCACAGAGCUUUGGGCUCAUCUCUGUGUAGUCUCAGAAAUUUUCACACAGAAUCCAUAUUGCCUUAGCAUUAUUCAAGGUCUUAGUUACCAUAUCCUACAUUUCAAAUAUACAAUGGCUUGGAUGAGUUGUAUUUCGUAUUGGUUUGAUGAAGACGAUUGGUAUGAUGCACAGCAAAGAGCAAAUAUGGCACAGGUUAAGCAAGUGGGCUUAUUAGCUGCUGGGUGUCAGCCAUGGAAUAAAGACGUCUGUGCUGCAAGUGGGGAUAGAUUUGCCUAUUGUGCAACUCUUGCUAUUUAUAUAUAUCAGCUGGAUCAGCGGUACAAUGAGUUCAAACUGUGGGCAAUUAUGUCUGAGCACAAGAAGACCAUCACAGCCGUUUCCUGGUGUCCCCAUAACCAUGACCUGUUUGCAAGCGCAAGCGCAGAUAAUUUAGUCAUAAUUUGGAAUGUGGCUGAACAAAAAGUUACUGCAAAACUUGAUGGUACGAAAGGAAUUCCUGCAUCUCUUAGUUGGUGCUGGAAUGCAGGUGAUGCCGUUGCUUUUGUCUCCCAUAGAGGACCCUUGUAUAUUUGGACAAUUUCAGGACCGGACAGUGGUGUAACAGUACAUAAAGACGCUCACAGUUUUUUGUCAGACAUUUCCCUGUUUAGAUGGCAUCCCAAGAAAAAGGGGAAAGUAGUAUUUGGACACACUGAUGGAAGUCUUUCUAUUUUUCAGCCAGGUUCUAAGAGUCAGAAACAUGUUCUAAGGCCAGAAUCACUUGAAGGUACAGAUGAAGAAGAUCCCGUUACUGCCCUGGAAUGGGACCCUCUCUCCACAGAUUAUCUUCUUGUUGCAAAUCUGCACAAUGGAAUUCGUCUAGUUGAUUCAGAGUCUCUGUCCUGCAUUACAGUCUUUAGUUUCCCUAGUGCAGCAGCAUCUGUGCAGUGUUUAGCAUGGGUUCCUAGUGCUCCUGGAAUGUUUAUCACUGGAGAUUCUCAAGUUGGUGUGUUGCGUGUCUGGAAUGUGUCACGUACAACACCAAUAGAUAAUUUUAAACUGAAGAAAACAGGUUUCCAUGGUUUACAUGUUCUUAGUUCUCCCCCAAAGAAAAAAUCAUUUUCUUCAGAGUCUCCUACCAAAAACCACCACAUGUCAUCUACAAGUGAGGCUGUUCCACCUCCAACUCUAACACAAAACCAAGCAUUUUCUCUCCCUCCUGGGCAUGCUGUCUGCUGCUUUAUGGAUGGUGGAGUGGGACUUUAUGACAUGGGAGCCAAGAAAUGGGAUUUUCUUAGAGAUCUGGGUCAUGUCGAAACCAUCUUCGAUUGUAAAUUCAAACCUGACAACCCUGACCUUCUAGCUACCGCAUCCUUUGACGGAACAAUAAAGGUGUGGGAUAUAAAUACUUUAACUGCUGUCUACACUUCUCCUGGUAACGAGGGAGUCAUAUACUCCCUUUCAUGGGCUCCAGGAGACUUGAACUGCAUAGCUGGUGGAACUUCCAGAAACGGUGGCUUCAUCUGGGACGUCCCACGGGGCAAAAUGAUAACCCGCUUUAAUGAGCAUGGAAAGAGUGGAAUCUUCUGCAUUGCAUGGAGUCAUAAAGAUUCCAAAAGGAUAGCAACCUGCAGUGGAGAUGGAUUCUGCAUUAUUCGGACCAUUGAUGGCAAAAUUCUCCACAAGUACAAACAUCCAGCUUCAGUUUUUGGCUGUGACUGGAGUCAAAACAACAAAGAUAUGAUAGCCACUGGAUGUGAAGAUAAAAAUGUCCGUGUCUAUUACCUAGCAACUAGCUCUGAUCAGCCACUGAAAGUAUUCAGUGGGCAUACUGCCAAAGUGUUUCAUGUAAGGUGGUCUCCUCUGAGGGAAGGGAUCCUCUGCAGCGGUUCUGAUGAUGGCACUGUUCGAAUAUGGGAUUAUACACAAGAUGCUUGUAUAAAUGUUCUUAGUGGACAUACAGCGCCAGUACGGGGAUUGCUGUGGAAUACAGAAAUACCUUACUUACUGAUAUCGGGCAGCUGGGAUUAUACAAUCAAAGUGUGGGAUACAAGAGAGGGAACCUGCCUGGACACAGUGUAUGAUCACGGUGCAGAUGUCUAUGGAUUAACAUGCCAUCCUAGUCGUCCCUUCACUAUGGCCUCUUGUUCACGAGAUUCUACUGUGAGGCUUUGGUCUUUAACACCUCUAAUAAAUCCUCUCCAGAUAAAUAUAUUGGCAGACAGAUCAUGGGAUGAGAUUAUCGGAAACACUGAUCGUGCUGUUGAAGUAGGCGCUUCUCCCUUGCUAUGUGGCAAAGUAUCUAGGGAUAUUAAACAAGAAGUCGACAAAUUGGCUGGUAAUCCCCGAGGGAGAAAACUGAGGUGGUUUUCAGAAUGUUUAUCACCCCCAGGAGGCAGUAAAAAUUUAUGGGAUCUUGUUGCUGUAAUAAAAGGCCAAGAUGAUAGCUUGCUUCCACAGAAUUAUUGCAAGGGAAUAAUGCACAUGAAACAUCUGGUUAGAUUUAGAAUGUCCAAAGCCCAAGAACUUACUACUGUGAAGAUGUCUAAGUUUGGAGGAGGAAUUGGUGCACCUAGCAAGGAAGAAAGGCUAAAAGAAGCAGCAGAGAUACAUCUAAGACUUGGGCAAAUUCAGAGAUACUGUGAACUUAUGGUGGAACUUGGACAGUGGGACAAAGCUCUCUCAGUUGCACCAGGGGUAUCUAUGAAAUACUGGAAGAAAUUAAUGCAAAGGAGAGCUGACCAGUUAAUUCAGGAAGAAAAUGAUGAUGUUAUUCCAUACUGUAUAGCAACUGGCGAUGUGAAGAAACUUGUCACAUUUUUUACUUCAAGAGGACAGCUUAAAGAAGCUCUGCUUGUUGCACAGUCAGCAUGUGAAGGAAAUAUGCAAACAUCCCAGUGUUUAGAAUCAAAUGGAUCAGCAGAUUUUGAAGGAAACAACAUGGAAGAUUACACUGAACUGCUGCACAAAGUCAGUAAAGAAUUGUCUGAGUGGUAUUUUCAGGAUGGCUGUGCGGUGCUAGCUGCUUGCUGCCAUUUAGCUGUUGAGAACAUUGAGCUUGCCAUGGCAAACCUGAUUCGUGGAAAUGAACUGGAAUUGGCAGUCAGUGUGGGUACUGUCUUAGGAGAAUGUGCAGCGCAAGCAACACAAUAUGCGCUAGAGUUACUAGCAAGAAAAUGUAUGACUAUAACAACAUGCUUUCCAUCACCUGGAUACAGGGAUUUAGCAGCAGAUCUUCUUAUGAUGAUCCCCAAUAAUGAGCUACAGUUAGUAAAGCUUUGUGCUUUCUAUCCUGGAUGCACAGCAGAGAUAAAUGACCUACAUGAAAAGUGCAGCCUACCAGAUGUAGAAGAAUGCAUGCAGUUAGCAGAGACAGCUCAGGAGGAAGGAAAUAUAUUUGAGUCAAUAAAGUAUUAUUUGUUAACUAUAGAACCAGAAAAAGCACUUCCGAUAGGCAUUCAUUAUGUGAAAGAACAAAUCAGUAGUUCAGAUUGGACCUUGGACUCAGUCUGUCCAUUUCUUGAUCUUCUAAGCUUUAUCCGGACAGAAAAGUUGUUACUUCAUAAAUGUAGUGAAUUUAGAAACGAGUUGUUAAUAUUGUGUGGUUACAUUGGUGCAUUACUGGCUAUUAGAAGACAGUACACUAGCAUUGUGCCAGCACUUUAUGAAUAUACAAGCCAGCUUUUAAAAAGACGGGAGGUGUGUGUACCCCUGAAAAUUGAACAACUCUCUGAGGAACUAGAUGCUUGGAGAGCUUGUACUCAAUCACUAAACAAAUCUGCUGAUGAAUUGCCCCCUACACCCCCAUCUGAAUUGCAACAAGAGAUAUAUGCGACACUGACAUCUCGAAUAAAAGAGGAACCUCUGAAAGUAACAAUUGGACCAGAUUACGUUACAGGCUCUAACCUUCCUAGUCAUUCAGAUGUUCACAUCUCUUGCUUGACAGGAUUAAGGAUACAGGGUCCAGUGUUUUUCCUUGAAGAUGGAAAGUCCACAAUUUCACUCAACGAUGCAUUAAUGUGGGCAAAAGUGAAUCCUUUCUCUCCACUGGGUACAGGAAUACGGCUCAACCCAUUCUAACAAAAGAACAUAAGAUCUCCUCACUUUUACUAAAAACAAACAGCUAAUAUGCUGGUUGCUAUCAUUUUAUAUUUAUUAGCUGGAGGAUUUGAAGUUGAAUCCCACUUGAAGGAUAGUUUUAUGUAAAUUUAAU